AUGGCGCCAAGCUGCCGGCCUUCUCCUGGCCGCAGAAGGAAGCAGCUGGCGCUGCUGGCGCUGGUGACAGCACUGACCGGCUCACUGGCCGCCCUCAUGUUUCCCUUCUUUCCGGCCGAGGCCAGCAGCCGCGGCCUGCCGCAGACGCUCAUCAGCGGCGUUUUCAGCUGCUUCGCGCUGACACAGUUGAUCGCCUGUCCUCUCGUCGGCCGGCUCACCCCUGUCGUCGGCGUCAGCAGGGUCUUCAGCAUGGGCAUCGCCACGGCCGGCGUCACGACCGUAGUGUUUGGAGCGCUGCAGCACCUUGAAAGGACUCGACCUGCCUUCAUCGCCGCCUGCUUCGCCGUGCGGAUGCUGGAGGCGGUGGGCGCGGCGGCCGUCAACACCUGCUGCUCCACCAUCGUCGCCAGCCGGAUGCCGGAGCGGACCGGAACGGCCAUCGGCGUGCUGACUGCCGCACAGAGCGUGGGCCUGGCCGUGGCACCGGCCGUCGGCGGCGGCCUCUUCGCCGCCGGCGGCUUUGGCCUGCCGUUCUACGUGCUGGGCGGCCUGAUGCUGGCGGCGGCGGCGGCGCCGCUGGCGGCCACCACCGAGACCUGGGUCUGCCUGGCCGUGGUGGUUGUGUACGCGGCCGGCUUCAGCACGUUCAGCUCGUGUCUGUCGCCGUACGCUCAGGCCGCACUGGGCGUGUCGCCCUCCCAGCUGGGCCUGCUCUACCUGCUGGCGUCCGGCGCGUACGCGGUCACCAGCGUUCCUUGGGGCUGGCUGCUGGAACACGCCCGGAACCCCUACUACGUGAUGUCUGCGUGCUUGCUGACGGCGGCCGGUGGGCUGCUGCUGAUGCCGCCGGCGGCCGUGCUGGGCCUGCAGCCGUCCGUGUGGCUGCUGGGCGCCGGCAUGCUGCUGCACGAGACGGUAUUUGGCGGCGCCUACACGCCUUGCCUGGGGCGCCUGCUGGCGGCCGCCCGCGCGUGCCAGCUGCCGGACGACCUGGCCACGCGCGCUCUCGUCUCCAGCCUGUUCGGAGGCGCGUUCGCAUGUGGCCUGGUGGUGGGCCCGGUGUCCGGCGGCGCGCUGGUCGACUGGCUCGGUUUCCCGGCCAUGAUGACGGCGCUGGCGGCAGUGACGGCGCUGAUGGCGCUGCUGACGCUGCUGCAGGCGGCGCAGCUCACUCACCGCCGUCGCCAGCUGGGAGCGGCAGCCGGCGCACUCACCUGAGCGGCGCGCGGCGCGCGGUGACCCGAAGAGCCCGGCGCACUGUGACGCACAGAGACCGGCGCACUGUGACCCGAAGAGACCGGCGCACCGUGACCCGAAGAGACUGGUGUACCGAGUGCGGAGCGCAGCAUUUCAAAAUAAACUGCCCUGGUAAUAGACUGAGAUGGACUUGGUAUACUUAAGGUCGCGAGUUUAUGCUCACCCAACGUCUAA